GAUGACCUCCACCCCUCAACAUCCCAGUCACACACUAACCAAUAGAAUGCUUUUCAUGAUAUUUUAGCAGCAACACCCAUCCCACGUCACUUGGUCCCCCCUCCUCCUCUGUGUCUGUCUAUGUGAGCAUCUAUGUGUCUGCAUGCGCGGUAGGAUAAAUCCAGCCUUUCCUCCGGUCUCUUCCUUUCUUUCUCUCUGUCUCCCUCUCACGCACACACAUCCAGGUGCUGCUCUUUGCCAACCCUCUGUCACCUACAUCCUCAAAUUCGAAACUCUUCGGUUGUUUGCCCACUUUUUUGUGCUGUUUAACUCAACUCUCAGCCUUCAUGGAGGAUUACCACAAACCGGACCAGCAGACAGUGCAGGCGCUGAAAAACAUCGCCAACCGCCUCCGAAUCAACUCCAUCAAGGCGACCACUGCAGCAGGCAGCGGACACCCAACAUCAUGCUGCAGUGUGGCAGAGAUUAUGUCUGUGCUCUUCUUCCAUACCAUGAAGUAUCGCCCUGAAGACCCGAGGAACUUCAACAGUGACCGCUUCAUCCUGUCCAAGGGUCAUGCUGCUCCUGCCUUGUACUCCAUGUGGGUUGAAACAGGUUUCCUGAAAGAGAGCGAUCUCCUCAGCUUGUGCCAGGUUGACUCUAGCCUGGAGGGCUACCCAUCCCCUAAGCAGCAAUAUGUGGACGUUGCCACUGGAUCUCUGGGGCAGGGCCUUGGUGUUGCCUGUGGGAUGGCUUACACUGGGAAAUACUUUGACAAGUCCAGUUACCGUGUGUACUGCCUGUUGGGGGAUGGCGAGAUGUCAGAGGGUUCUGUCUGGGAGGCCAUGUCAUUCGCUUCCUACUACCAGCUUGAUAACUUGGUGGCUAUUAUGGACAUCAACCGUUUGGGCCAGAGUGACCCUGCACCCCUGCAGCACCAUGUGGAGAAAUACCAAAAACGCUGUGAAGCUUUCGGGUGGCAUGCCAUCAUUGUGGAUGGACACAGUGUGGAAGAGCUUUGCAAGGCUUUGAGCCAGCCACGUCAUCAACCCACUGCAAUCAUUGCUAAAACCAUCAAGGGCAAAGGCAUUCCAGCUGCGGAGGAUAAACUGGGCUGGCAUGCCAAAGCUCUGUCCAAAGACAUGGCUGAUGUGGUCAUGAAGGAUCUGCAGAGCCGCAUUAUGAACACCAGUAAGCACCUCUAUCCACCUGCUCCCAUCGAGGACUCCCCACCUGUCAGCCUGAGGAACAUUAGGAUGCCGAGCGCACCCAGCUAUAAGCCAGGAGAAAAGAUUGCUACUCGGAAGGCAUAUGGCAUGGCCAUAGCCAAGCUGGGCCGCUACAAUGAGCGUGUUGUUGCCCUUGACGGAGACACCAAUAAUCUCACAUACUCGGAGAUCUUUAAGAAUGAGCACCCAAACCGCUUCGUUGAGUGCUACAUUGCUCAGCAAAACAUGGUCAGCGUUGCCAUGGGAUGUGCAGCUCGUGAGAGGAACAUUGUGUUUGCCAGCACUCUUGCUUCCUUUUUUACUCGUGCCUAUGACCAGCUUCGCAUGGCAGCAAUUUCAGAAAGCAACAUCAACCUGUGCGGUUCCCACUGUGGUCUGUCCACCGGAGAAGAAGGCCCCUCCCUGAUGGCUCUAGAGGACAUGUCCAUGUUUAGGGCCCUGCCUAAUGCAACCAUUUUCUACCCCUGCGAUGGAGUGUCCACGGAGAAAGCUGUGGAACUGGCUACAACUACAAAAGGUGUUUGCUACAUCCGAACCAGCCGCCAAGACAACCCCAUCAUCUACAACAGCAAUGAAGAUUUCCAUGUUGGACAGGCAAAGGUGGUGUACCAGAACAAGGAGGACCAGGUGACUGUUGUUGCAGCUGGAGUGACUUUGCAUGAAGCCCUUGCUGCAGCUGAACAUCUGAAGAAAGAGAGGAUCUCUGUGAGAGUCGUCGACCCCUUUACAAUCAAACCGCUGGACAUUAAAACCAUAAUGGAUCACACACGAGCCACAAGGGGACGUAUCCUCACCGUUGAAGACCACUACUAUGAAGGUGGUCUGGGGGAAGCAGUGUCCUCAGCAAUGGUCAACGAGUCUGGCUUCAGUCUGAACCGUCUGGCUGUGUCCCACACUCCCCGCAGUGGCAAACCACACGAGCUGCUUAAGGUUUAUGGCAUUGACCGUGACUCCAUUGCCCAGGCCAUCCGCAAGAUGCUCAGCAGCUCUACUAAUGCCAAGUAACUUUCUCUGUGCCCCACCCCAACCUAUCUGAUAAAUGUCAGCAGUGAUGUAUGUUUUUGAUUCACGACACCCAGCUCUUUCAAGUCAUUCACUGUGAAUACCCAUAAACGUAUGCUAAAGUAUUGUGAUUUUGUGCCGUUUCCCUUGAAGUAGUUUCACAUUAACCCUCUUUUUGUGCAUUCACCUCAGACACACUAACAGAGACAUACAAAUUCAAACACACGCAUACAUUCCCAGUCAGAAUCUACAUGUGGACAUUUUACAGUCCGAAAUUAAAAUGUGGCCAUAGCUAACUGACUUUACAUUUAAAAAACUAUUGAUCGAUUAUCAGCACAUUAUUUGUAUCACCUGUUUUUAAACACUCUUUUAUGAACCUAAUUAAACUGGAAAUGGUUGUGUAUUGUUCUGAUGUAGUUCAUAAGACUGGGUGGGGCAUAGUUCGAAGGUGGGUGUGUAUCAUGACGACUGUGUCAGAAAGAAGCGAAGCGAGUCGUUGUUUGUAGAACGUAGUAGAAAAAAAUUAAACAAAUGUAGGAAGGACAAAAAGAGCAGGCACAGAAAACCACAAGUCUCAUGAUAAAACGAGUUCAGCCUUUUUGUUUUAAAAAAAUAAGUUCUGUCCAUUCAGCACUGCAUUUUUUAUUGAGUUUAAAGGUACCAUAAACAAACACACCUCAGGGCUGUAGGUCUAUCAAGCUUUGAUAGAGAGUAUAACAAUUAAGGCUAUUGUGAGUUUAAAGGUAGAUAGGGAGCUAGCUGCCUCUGACUUGUGAACCUAAGAACAAACACUUUCUUUGUUACUUGAGAUUUUGUAUGUCCCAUACUUUCAUGUAAUAAAGCCCUCUACAUUUGACAAAAUUUUUGUUGAUGUGUUUUUCAAUUAACACACACAUAGACACAGCAUUUUGUACAGUGUUAAAGUGGCUGAAAAGCACAAGCAUUAUAACUACUGGAUUGCAUACACAUAUUUUAUAUAUAUGAAAAUGCGUGGUAUUUUGACAUUGUUUCUGUUACACGUUAUUUAUUCAUCCACUGGACAUCUCUGAGCUUGCAGGUGCACCUUCCUCUUACUAGAAAACAACCAUCCGAAGAGUCUGACGUGCUUGUUUUGAUGAUAUAAAUUAUUUCCCAGCAUUUCUGAACCUUUUAAAGUUUAUCAUCAAGUCAACGUCAACUCUUUGGCCUGUAUUGUUUCACAGAAAUGUACUGCCUUUGACUCCACUCUGUGGUUGUAAAUUCAUUUAGACCUCCAGGCACUCUUUCUCUUUCUUAGCUACCUCAGAAAACUGUAUUUCCGUUUGGCUCCCCUUAUAGAAAACAUUAUGAUUCCACAUCCAUAAGACAGUGUGUACACAUGAUAUGAGCUGAGAUUCACAAUGGCAACAAAAAGGGCGAAACAAAAACCCCAGUACACAUCUCUUUUGUCAUAAGGAGGGCCUUUACAUUCCUUAGUAUGAGCUGGUAGCUCUGCGAUUAUGCCUAUAAUCUCAAAAACUAUUAAGAAAAAUAACCCAAAAACUGAUGGAAUUGCAAGCGAAUAAAAUGGCCUAUAGAGUGCAGUUCCACAUCCCAGCCCAAAGCAGAGUGAAUAAAAAUGGUAAUAUUUGUCUUGUUGGUAAAAGUCAGGAGUGGAAUUUCUUCCAUUUUCCAUUUGAGUUUAGCCCAGCCAGGUUAAUUCUCCUGCCAAGUUAAGCAAUAAGACAAUCAACAUAAACUUCCUGAAUCCUGUCAAACCACUCUGUCAAGUG